AUGGAUCUGUUUAAUCAAGUGCGGAUGUUGUAUGGAACGAUAAUGGAUCAUUGCACUAAUGAAAGCUGUCCUCAAAUGACAGCCGGAGUUACGCACGAGUAUUUCUGGACUGAAAAUGACAGAAUAAUCCCUUGCUCGGCUUCCGUUUACAUCGAUUACGUAAUGACGUGGGUGCAAGAUCAACUUGACGAUGAAUGUGUGUUCCCAUCCCAAAUCGGUAGAGCUUUCCCUCGAAACUUCGUCGAGGUGUGUGAAGGAAUAAUGCGGCGCCUUUUCCGGGUGUAUGCACAUGUGUACGCCUGUCAUGCUGCGCGUUUCAGUGAACUCAACGCAACUCCUCAUCUCAAUACGUCUUUCAAACAGUUUAUACUCUUUGCCAGACAAUUCCAGUUGAUUCCUCCAAGGGAAUUGGAACCACUGCGAUCGAAGAUUGAUGAGCUUAUAGGAUCGUCUUGA